AUGAGAUUUUCAACUUUCAUUGACCAAACUGAGGUGAUUGUCCUGGUUGACUUAGGGAGUACACACAAUUUUAUGGACUCCAAAGUGGCUAAAAGGUUGAAUUUGGCAAUGGAAAAGGCAAGUACACUAAGGAUGAUGGUGGUUAAUGGAGUUAAAUUGUCAACUCAGGGAUUGUGUAGAGUUGUCCAGUGGAAAGCACAAGACUACACUUACUAUGCCCUCAGUUCAGUUGCCCAAGACUUGCAAGCCUUACUCAAUGAGUUUGAGGAUGUAUUCCAAACUCUUAAAGGACUACCUCCUAAUCGGUUACAUGAUCAUAGGAUCCCAUUGAUAGAUGAAACAAAGGAAGUGUUACAAUUUUUGAGGUUCAACCAGCUUUAUGCUAAAAGAACUAAGUGUACCUUUGGAGCAACUCAAGUUAAGUAUCUAGGACACAUUAUUUCUAGGGGAGUAGUUAGCAUGGAUAAGGUAAAAGUGAAGAGUGUUCUCAGUUGGUCUACUCCACAAUCUGUAAGGGAACUGAGUGGCUUCCUUAGCUUGUCAAGUUAUUAUAGAAGGUUCAUCAAGGGAUAUGGUUUGUUGGCCAAGCCUCUCACUACUUUGUUGAAGAAGGAUGUUGUAUGGAAAUGGACUGAGCUUGCACAGACAACCUUUGAACAGCUUAAGGAAGCCAUCUAUCAAGCACCAGUCUUGGCUUUGCCUAAUUUCUAA